UCCUCCAGAUCGCUUUUCCGAGAGGGAGGGGAAAAAAGACUUCUUUGUGGCAAUGUUAGAUCCUUUAGAGAACAACUUGUUUGAUCUUCCUGAUUAUGAGAACACAGAAGACGAAAGAUUCCCACCUUUUCCACCUCCUGCCUCUCCGGGAAGAGACGAUGCAGAGUGGGCUCAGGCGAAUGGAGAUCCAGAUGGAAACCAGCAGUCCCAAACAAAGGAUUCUGCUGUGACCACACAGAAAGCAGUUAAAAGACCAAGGCCUAGAUUAGAUGCCCAGAGGUUAGUUUCAGAAAGAGGGCUCCCAGCUCUGAGAAACAUGUUUGACAACGUGAAAUUCAAGGGUAAAGGGCACGAGGCAGAGGACCUGAAGACACUCAUACAACACAUGGAGCACUGGGCUCACAGGCUGUUCCCAAAACUGCAGUUUGAGGAUUUUAUUGACAGAGUGGAGACUUUGGGAAACAAAAAGGAAGUUCAGACCUGCCUUAAGCGGAUUAGACUUGAUCUUCCUAUUUUACAUGAAGACUACAAAAAUAACGAAGAAGGAGAAGAGGAAAGCAAUGGGCUGGAUGCAGCUGCUGGAGAUGCACAUCCCCACCCUGGCAAUGCCGAAGAACUGAAUUCCCUGCCUGGGGCCACUCUGACGGAGGAGCAGCAGGAGCGGAUGAGGAAGAACCGGCAGCUGGCCCUGGAGCGGAGGCAGGCGCGGCUGCAGGGCCUCAGCCAGUCCCAGCACCAGGAGCUCCCCAGUAGUUACCCAGAAGAGGAGUUUGACAGCCCAGUUGCUCAGGAUCCCACUGACCUUACUGAAGACACUCAGGUUCCUGCAGCCAAGGAUGCUCCCACAGAAGAAGAUGGAGAUGAUGAACUGGAAUGGGGCAGGGAAGAGCAGUAAUUUCUCCACACUGUGAAUGCCUUUCUUGACCAAAAGAUCCCCCCUGCUUUAAGUACUGUUAUUCUACUGAAAUGUUGCUGGCUCUUGGCACUCCAGAAGCUUUAGGGAAAUCUUUCCCAUGGUGUCACUGAAGGACAGAACUCUUCCCUGGAAGCUGCAGAGGAGCAGAUCUGUACACCAGGAAACAGAACAAAAGUUCUUCAGCUGCACUUGAGCCAUAUUUUCCACCUCCCAAAACGUUUUUUAGGAAAUGUUUAUGAGUUUUUGGACCUACUUUGAAUAUAGUUUAUAAUUUAUAUUAAACUGAAUUAACUGGGAUGUUGAUGGAUUAAGUUGCUAUUAAAGGUGUGUUGUUUGGGGUUUU